GGCUUGUCGGGCGACGAGUCAGGAGUUACUCUUUCACAGCGAGUCAUGAUUCCAGAUAUCUAUUUUUCUGUGUCAAUCCGUGUGGUGUUUUGUGACCUACUAACAGAGCAUACGAUAGUUUGAUCGGCCGCGUCGUCAAAAGUGCGAUCCUCCGCCCCGAAAAGCGGGAGAAAAAUCUUAGGAAAUUCGUGUUGUGAGCGGAGAGUAUCGGAGGCCAGUGCAGCGUUGCCAAGUGUAGCCAUCGAGCGGCGUUGCCACGUCAUGGAGCGAUCAGCUGAGCCGCUGCAGAGCCUCAGCGCCAACGCGCGGCGCCGCAACGCGUCCGGCGGCGGCGGCGGCGCUGCGCUCAAGAAGAAGAAGAAGCGGCGGAGGAGGCGACGCCGCACGCCCAAGGAAGAAGAGGGCCGCGUCGCGCUCGUGUCCCCGACGGCGGGCUGCGGCGAACCUUUCACGCCCGCCCGCGGCCCGCCCACGCCCGUGCUGCGGCCCGUGGGCGCCCAGGUGCCCCGCGCGCCCGAGAACAGCACCCAGUUCAUCAUGGACGACCACGAGAAUUCGGCGCUGUUCCUGAACUUCGACAAGAGCACCCCCGGGUGGGAGCACGACCCACCCGCCAGCGGUGGCGAGGACGACCUGGGCAGCGCCACGCCCACGCACGCCCACGCGCGAGACUGGUACCCGUUCAACCUGGCGGACUUCGAGAGCGCGUACCGCAGCGCGCGCGAGGACCGCCUGAUGGGCGGCAGCCGCACCGACCUGUGCGCGGCCAUCGUGGCCCUGGAGGCGCGCGCCGCCGUGCUGACGGAGGCGCUGUCGGCGUCGCCCUCGCGCCUUGUGGCAACACUGCAGGCGCAGCUGCUGACGCUGCAGGAGGAGAACGCGGCGCUACGCCAGCGCUUGGCGCGCAGGAGGCGGCAGGUCGUGCCGCGCGAGUCGUCCUCGUCGUCCACCGACAGCGACUCGGAGUCCGACUCGACCAACUCCUCGAGCGACUGCUCGGAGUCCGACUGCGACACCUGCGCCGCCCGCAGGAGUCGCUCUGAACGCGAAGAGGAGAAAGAGAACACACGGCCCGCAGUCAUCUCGCCGCCCACCACGCCCUAACGCCCACGACCGCACGCAGAAGGCCGCCCGCCACGCCCCUCAGGACGCCCGCGACUGGAGGGAAAGACAGCUGACGCCGCCCACUCGCUGCCCGCCGCUCUGCUAAAGAGCCCAGCGGUCAAGGACGUGCGUGCGUGUGUGCGCCCGUCGCCCGCAGAGAACCCUCCCCCACGACACAAGCCAGUACAGGAAUACCCCGCCACACACACGCGCGUGCACGUCUAUUCUACGCCCACAGGCGCGUCCACAGGCACGCCCGUGGACCACCGUGUACCCAGUGACCCGACCGCACCGCACACCGCCAGGCGCCCGCCCGCAGGUGCUGGGAAGGGCGUCGCCCCCAGUCACAUCGAGGAGGGCGUCCUUGACGAUGGGCGUGUGACGAACCUCAUCAUCCAAAUCCCGUGAUCUACAUGUCACACAUAAACAGAUAUGUUAAAGAACUUUCGAAGUGGAUACAAAAAAAGAAAAGAGAAGAGAAAAGUAAAAAUGACAAAAACUCGCUUCUCUUUCAGUCAAGCGAGACGUGAAAAUCUACGGAAAGAAAACUCUAGGUGUUUUUACGGGUUAAAUGGACAGGAACGUAAACAUCUGUGUGGUUUAAUAACAGCGAGAGAAGGAUUUUUUAAAUUGAAAAGUGAGUGAACUAGUGUUUGAACAGACGCCACGAAAAUAUCAAUCUAUAUAUUUUUUUUCUUUUCUUUUCGUUUGAAGAGAUAGGAGUAAUGUAUGUGUGCGUGUGUAUGUGCGUUUAUGUGUGUAUAUAUUAUACACACUUAAAGAAUUCGCCAGUGUAAGUCACUUAUAAUGAAGAAGUAAAUAAAACAGAAAAUGCCCAUUUACGAUGCAAAUGUUUUUGUUUCAUAUAUAUUUUUGUCCAUGUACCAGAUCCAAGUUCAGACAGACAAAAGCAAAAACAAACUCUAAGUCCGGAAUCUUUCACGGUCAAAGUGAACAAAUAAAAAACAAGUAAAGAGAAAGAAUGCAAUUGUACCUUUUUGCUCAAGUUUGGUCAAGAGGUUAACCUGUGCUCUGAUUUUAAGACAUUUUAUUUUGAUAUUUGUGUAUAUAUGUCCCGUUAUUAUCAUCAAUUUCUCUCUCUCUCUCUCUCUCUCUCUCUCUCUCUCUCUCUCUCUCUCUCUCUCUCUCUCUCUCUCUCUCUCUCUCUCUCUCUCUCUCUCUCUCUCUCUCUCUCUCUCUCUCUUUGUCCUGUCAUUCGAACAAGUGUAAGAUGUCUGUAAGGCACUUUGGGUUCGUGUUCGAGUCACGUUAUUUAUUUAGCUAUAGAAAGAUAGUUUCUCUAUAUAUUUUUGUUUUUUCUUUCCGUUUUACAGUAUUGUGAAAAAGGAACGUAUUUGUUGCAGCGUUUUAGAGUGCAGAGGGGGGGAAGGGGGUGAGCAAGAUGAAUAUAUAUGCAAGAUGCGUUUUUUAAUUUAUGUUUACCAAGACUCUCUCCUCUUUCUCCUCUUGGCUCCUCCUACUGUUAAUUACUUGGGACGUUAUAGGCCUAUAAAUAGCUGAGGUUAGGUUUCUAUUCUCUUUUUUGUUUUUUGUUUUUCGUUCCUUUUUUUCUCGUUUCUUCUUUCUCCUUUUCUUCUUCGCUCAUUCCCUACUUUUGUUUCGUUUUUCUCCUCUUUUUAUUUUUCC